AUGCCUUCCUCCUCCUCCGUCUACCUGGAACGCCGCAUCGUCACCGCAGCCGAACUCGUCGCCGGCAAUAAUGCCAAGGAAACGAGGGCCACGGGCGCCGAGGGCUUCGCCUCGCUCCUGCGCACCCAGGAGGAGGUCGACGCGCUCUGCGACAAGUACGGCGUGCCGAAGGAGUUCACCGCGCGCCCCGCCGGCGACCUGCGAGCGAACUCGACGCCGCCGCCGGGGGCCAUCUGCGUGUACGCACGCGCGCUGGAGGCCGGGAUGCGCGUCCCGCUGCACGGCUUCUUCCGCGCGGUCCUCGCCCACUUCGGCAUCGCGCCGGCGCAGGUCACGCCCAACGGGUGGCGCUUCAUGGCGGACUUCCUCGUGCUCUGCCAGUCCGCCGGCGUCCCUCCCUCGCCCGCGGUAUUCCUGCGCUUCUUCCAGCUGUCCAUUAUGGAUCAAAAGCACGAGAAAGGGUGGUACUUUUUCCGAUCCAGGCGGGACAUCGCAAGCUUGCCGAACGGGGGUUGCAAAACCACCCCGGGCUGGAGACACGAGUUCUUCUUCCUCUCGUCGCCGGAGCCGUGGCAUUGCGCCGUGGAGUGGGGCGAGCCGUCCAACGGCUCCUUCCUCGACCCGGUGCUCACCGUUGAGGAAAACAAAUCGGUGGUGAGGCUGCUAAGUGCUCACGGUGGCGCCGCUGCUGAUCUCAGGAACCUGCUUCCUGCUGGGCGCUGCCGUAUCUGCGCCGCUGUUGAUCUCAGGAACCUGCUCCCUGCUACGUGCCCACGGAGGCGGCGGAGUCUCCGCAACAGCAACCUUGCUGCCACAUCCCCGCCGCCGCGGCCUUCUUCGUGCACGGAUCCCUCGGUCCACGACAUGAUGCAGACUAUGCCGGCGGACAAGGUGGCCGCGCAAGCGUCGGCGUCGGGGAAGAAGAGGACUUGGGAGGAAGCCAACGGCGGGGAGGAGGUGCCGCCUCUUUCCUCAGUGCUGUCACCUCCACAGCACUUCCUCAGCAAGCACGACGGACACACCACAGACUGGGAUGGUGGACGGGAGCUGCUGCAGGAAACCGUCGCGCCGCCGUCGGAGCGCGCGUUCGCGGCGAACGAGCCUUCUGACGGCGCAGCGAUUCGGCGGGCCGCGAACUACGUGCUCGAACUUGGGGAGAAGCUGUUGGCCAGGGAGCGCGACGCCGCGGCUCUGCGGGAGCAGCUGGAGGAGGCAAAGGCCGAGCUCGCGGCGGCGAAGUGGGCGGCGGACGUGGAGCGGGAGAAGGCUAAGUCUGAGCUCGCCGCGGCAGGAGCGGAGCUGGAGAAGACCAAAGCCCAGCUCGCGGCGGUGGAGACCGAGGUGGUGAAGACGAAAGCCGAGCUCUCCGCGUCUCUUGUGGAGGCUGAGCUCGCCGCGGCAAAGCAAGCGGCGGAGGCCGUGAAGACGAAGGACGAGCGCGCUGCGGCUUGGGAGGAGAUGAUGAAGACGAAGGCCGAGCUCGCCGCCGCGGAGGCAGAGCUGGUGCAGGCCAAGGCCGAGCUGACCGCGGCGAAGCGCGCCGCGGAGACGGAGCUGGUGAAGACGAAGGCCAAGCUCGCCGCGGCGGAGGCGGAGCUGGGGAGCGCCAAGGCCGCAGUGGCUCAGCAGCUCCUGGCCUCCGAGGAGCUUGUACGGCAGCGCGCGGAGGACGCGCUGGAAGGAUACAAACGCUGGCGAGGUCGUCAAGCUCCGGCAGGCCGUGCCGCCUGAUACGUUGCCCGCUGAUCGGGUCUUUGGCAUUUGAAACAUUCUCUAGAUGGGUAAAUGAAGAUCACGGACAAAUCUUUACCCUGAUCCACUCUACGCGCUCUGGUCUUCUAUCUGGAGAUCGCUUGCUUUUGUAGCUGCAGUUUUCUCAGAUA